CCAUCACUCCCGCUGCCGCCUCAUUCAUAAUGGUUUCUUUGUAUCUGUGGUUUCCUGCAGGAACCCAACAGCGGCCCCCCCAGCCUGGUCACCCUGGAGGUGGAGCCCAACGGAUUCUUCCUCCGCUGGAAGAGUAGUGGAGCCAAUCAGGAGUGGGAGAUCUUGGACAUCAGCACCAUCAGAGACACCAGGACGGGGAAGUUUGCCAAGCUGCCCAAGGACCAACGAGUGCGUGAGGUGCUGGGCAUUGGCAAGGUCGAAGACAUGACGAUGAUGACAUCGAAGCUGGUCACGAUCGUCCACGGCAACGACCUGGUCAACGUCUCCUUCCUAAACUUCCAGGCCGUGGAACAUGAGACCGUCGCCAAGAUAUGGACGGAGGAGCUCUUUAAGUUGGCUACAAACAUACUUUCCCAGAAUGCAUCGCGGAACACCUUCCUUCGCAAAGCGUACACAAAGUUAACUCUGCAGAUGAAUCAGGAGGGGAAACUCCCAGUGAAGCACAUCCUGAAGAUGUUCUCAGACAAACGGCGAGUAGAGAUGGCGCUGGAGCAGUGCGGCCUCGCCACCAACAAGACGGAGGGCAUCAAGGUAGAAGACUUCACCUGGGAGGCCUUCCAGAGGUUUCUCGACAGCCUGUCCCUGCGACCUGAGAUACAGAGCAUCUUCGAGGACAUCGGCUCUAAGAGGAAGCCCUUUAUCUCUCUUGACCAGCUGAUGGACUUCAUCAACCAGCUGCAGCGGGACUCGCGCCUCAACGAGGUCCUCUACCCCCCCCUGAAGCGGGAGCAGAUCCGCCAGAUCAUGGAGAAGUACGAGAGCAACGCCAGCCAGCUGGAGAGAGACCAGAUCAGCCUGCUGGCGUUCACGCGCUACCUGGACGGCGAGGAGAACACCAUCGUCCCCCCAGAGAGGCUGGACCUGAUCGACGACAUGAACCAGCCCCUGGCUCACUACUUCAUCAACUCCUCCCACAACACCUACCUCGCAAUGGGUCAGCUGACGGGCCCCUCCUCGGUGGAGAUGUACCGGCAGGUGCUGCUGACGGGCUGCCGCUGCAUCGAGCUGGACUGCUGGAAGGGCCGGCCCCAGGACGAGGAGCCCUACAUCACCCACGGCUUCACCAUGACCACCGAGAUCCCCUUCAAGGAGGUGAUUGAGGCCAUCGCAGAGAGUGCUUUCAAGACCUCAACGUACCCUCUCAUCCUCUCCUUCGAAAACCACGUGGACUCGGCCAAGCAGCAAGCCAAGAUGGCCGAGUACUGCAGGACCAUCUUUGGCGAUGCCUUGCUCAUUGACCCCCUGGAGAAAUACCCGCUGCUCCCGGGCCUGGCCCUGCCCACCCCCCAGGAGUUGAUGGGGAAGAUCCUGAUCAAGAACAAGAAGAAGCACCAGCACCCCCACCGGCCCUCCAGCGGGGGCAGCAUCCGCCGCCGGGAGCUGGACGGGCAGUCCCCACCCAACCACGACUGUCCUUUGAUGGACAGCGAUGGGGCCCAGCUCUUGUCUAAUGGAGAAGAGAAGCUGGCUGAGGGGAUGGUCAAGGAAUCGGAACCCCGCAAGUCUAUUGGAGGCGAGGGUGAGAGUGAUGAAGAGGAGGAGGAAGACACCUUACCCGAGCUGAAGAAACCCAACUCUGACGAGGGUACGGCCAGCAGUGAAGUGAACGCUACAGAGGAGAUGUCCACGCUGGUGAACUACAUAGAACCCGUCAAGUUCAAGAGCUUUGAGGUCGCCACCAAGAGGAAGAAGUUUUUUGAAAUGUCGUCGUUUGUGGAGACCAAAGGCAUGGACACACUUAAGAGUGCGCCCAUCGAGUUUGUCGAGUACAACAAGAACCAGCUGAGCAGGAUCUACCCCAAAGGCACCCGGGUGGACAGCUCCAACUACAACCCUCAGCUCUUCUGGAACAUGGGCUGCCAGAUGGUGGCGCUCAACUUCCAGACCCUGGACCUGCCCAUGCAGCUCAACAUGGGCGUGUUUGAGUACAACGGUCGCACCGGCUACCUGCUGAAGCCAGAGUUCAUGAGGCGAACCGACAAGCACUUUGACCCCUUCACCGAGAACAUCGUGGACGGGAUCGUGGCCAACACCGUCACGCUCAGGGUGAUCUCCGGACAGUUUCUGACCGACAAGAAAGUGGGCGUGUACGUGGAAGUGGACAUAUUUGGGCUUCCUGCCGACACAAAGAGGAAGUACAGAACAAAGACGUCCAAUGGGAACUCUCUGGAUCCGGUGUGGGACGAUGAAAUGGCUGGUUUCAACAAGGUGAUCCUCCCUACCCUAGCGUCCCUGAGGAUAGCGGUGUUCGAGGAGAACGGGAAGUUCAUCGGCCACCGCAUCCUCCCAGUGUCGGCCAUCAGACCGGGCUACCACUACAUCAACCUGAAGAACGAGCUGAACCAGCCGCUGCUGCUGCCCUCCCUGCUGGUCAAGACCGAGGCCCAGGACUACAUCCCAAACGAACACCAGGAGUAUGCAGAGGCCCUCACCAACCCCAUCAAGCACGUCAGCCUGCUGGACCAGAGGGAGAGCCAGCUGGCCGUGCUGAUGGAGGAGAACAGCGAGCUCGCCCCGGAGCAGCCUGAGGUACACGAGUCAGAGAAGGAGAGCGAGGCGGCCCCGGGUCGGCUCCCCUCCCCCCUCCACAACCUCCCCCCCGCCGUGGGGGAGGAGCCGUUCGACAGCAUCCCCAGUCCCGGACCAGGUCCGAGGGAGGACUUCAUAGCCUCUGUUGUAACAGAGGUGCUAGUGCAGCCCACCGAGGAGCUGAGACAGCAGAAGGGCUACGUGAAGACGCUGAAGAAGCAGAGCAAAGACCUGAAGGACCUGCACAAGAAACACCUCAAGAAGGUGUGGACCCUGAGCAAGGAGCAGAAGAGCAAGUGCAGCCAGCUCCACUCGGACAACAUGAGGAGACGCAGCCAGAUAGAGAAGAAACUGAACCACAGCAUCAAGAAGAAUGAGUCCCCGGACCCGGCCCAGAAGCAGCUGAGGAGUCUGGAGCAGGAGCUGCAGCAGCAGACGGUGCAGCUCAGGGAGUGGCAGAUGAAGGCCCUGCUGGAGCUGCGGCGCGAGCAGCACGCCCUGGAGAGCGAGAGGAAGCACACACACCUCCAGGAGGCCUUCCAGAAGCUGAAGGAGACGGCUCAUGAGUGCCAGGCCACCCAGCUCAAGAAGCUCAGGGAGACCUGUGAAAAAGAGAAGAAGGAACUACAGAAGAUUCUGGACAGGAAGAGACUCAACAGCAUCACUGAAGCCAAGAACCGGGACAAAGACAAGGCCGAAACGGAGCUGAAUGAAAUCAACAGGAAACAUAUUCAGGACUCUGUCACCUCGAUCCGUGGGCUGGAGAAGGCCCAGGCCCAUCGGCUGGAUAAGCUGGUCCUGAGACAGAGGGAAGUCCUGCAGCACAUAGACGAGGAGCAGCCAAUACUCCUGUGCCGUCUACAGCGGGAGCUGGAGGCAGAGGUGGAGCGUUUACCUGACGAGAUCCGCCAGUACCUGCAGGCGGAGCUAAAGAGCAAGGGCCUCCGUAGCGACGCUCUCUUCUCGCCGCUGACCAAUAACGGCAGCCCCAGCUCGGGGUCCGCCCGCUCCUCCAACUGCUCCACCCCCAACUCCCCCCCCUCCACGCCCAACUGCAGCAUGUGGUACCAAAGCCUGGACAAUAGCACCACCUCAUUGGCCGACUCCAUCUCGGAGUGCACCAGUCACUGCAAAUCUGAGGGCGGGAUGUCUUUCAGUUAAUGUUUUAAAAGAAAAUCUAUUUACCAAAAUGCACAUGCUCAACAGGGGUCUAUAUUGAUAAUAAUAAUGAUGAACUUUACUGAUAGGGUGUAUUUACUUUUUAUGAUUUUAUUAUUUUCUGUCACUUACUUUUCUGUCUUUGGUUGUCGUUGUUUUUAUUGAGAGGAUGUUUAGUCGGGCAUCAUGUUAGACUACUCUUUGCGAGUCUUAAACGUUCCUACCUAAGGACCCCUCCCGAAGACUGCCUAUAAUUAGGCCUACUUAGUUUUAAUUUUUUUAUAUUUAAUUUUUUUAAUUGUAUGUUUUUAUUAUAUUAUUUCUUUCGCCCCAAACCUGAGUUUGAAGCACACCUCUCUGUCUCUCUCUUACACACAAACACGCACACGCACACAAACACACAAACACAAAUGCUUUUUAAUUAUACAAAGCCUUAAAAUUUAAGGAGAGCCUAACUGGACAGCUGGACCCGUCUAUUUGUAGAUUAUGGUAUUAUUAUAAUUUCAGUUCUAGGAAGGGAAAAUAUCUGCUUAUAUCGAUUUAAAACGUUUUAGAUAUUAUUUUUUGUUAAGUAUAAAUGCUUUUACUGCAACUGCGCCAGUGGGCCACCAAGGGGCGGUGUAGUACAAAUCUUCUUUUCAAAACCUCACCCACACUAAUAACAAGCACUAUUUAAGAGAGAAACGGAGGUUUGCCUAUUUUUUUUUCCUUCAAACUGGCAUGUGUGUGUGUGUGUGUGUGUGUGUGUGUGUGCUUCUCCUUGGCUACGACCCCUGCACAAACCAAAGCUGACAAACGCAAAUUAUAUGUUUAGUUUUGACCACUAAUUGUUCAUUUUAUAAGUAUUUUGUUUAUAAUUUAUUUUUCAAAUUAUUUUACCCUACCCCAAAGUCUGGCUUUCUAUGGUGUGUGUGUGUGUGUGUGUGUGUGUGUGUGUGUGUGUGUGUGUGUGUGUGUGUGUGUGAUGGCCAGAGACAAACGCUGCUUCCUGUAAAGCUUUUAGAUUUAAUUUAGCUUUUCUUUAAUGUUCUAUUUUUAAGCUCCAAGACUGUAAAUAUUCUCAAACUACUAUGUUGGACUUUUUGGGUUUUGUUCAUAAGGGGGAAGGAUAAUAAUUUAUGUGUCUCGAUCCUGAGUUUAAAAAGUUUCAUGUGAAUAUUUUUUUUAUUUUACUACUGACCACAAGUGCUCAAGAGAGAUGGAGAGUGUGAGGUGUAUGGACGAUACGGGAUGGACGACCAAUUAUGGAAGGGGGGGAAUUGUUCCUCUCUUUUCUCUACAAGCACUAGCUGUCUGUCUGACUGAUUCCCCGCCCUGUGCUUGUAGACCACCUUCAUCAGUCAUUUUGUCAAGUGGUAUUUCCUUAUUCUCUUUUUUAUUUUUUUCAUCAUUGUAACAAGCUACUGUCAUUAAGUACUCCAUUUUGGAGAGGCCUGCCUCUUCAUGCCUCUCAUCAUUACCCAUAAUCCCUCACGGCCCAUACAAUCACUUUGAUUAGGUUCGGUCAUCGCCAGUGUAAUGGCGGCAGACGCCCAUCCUUUAUUGUCGAUUUCAAACACAUUUUAGGAUUGCUUUUUGAGAUUCACCCUUUUCCAUAAGAAACGUGGAGAAAAUAUAUUGAAGGUAAAACCCCUUCUGUACUUAGCCUGGGAUUUAAUCAAGAAUGGCCCAAAAAAAUAGACCCAAUGCUAAUUCAAAAUCGAACCGUUUUCCAUGCUAGCCAGUUAAAAAACAGACCCGAUUGAAACUGCACGGACAUUUGUGAGUGUACACAUAUUUUCACGUCCAUAAUUUAAAUAAUUAAACUGUUUCUUGUUUAUGUCAUUCCUCAUGUUCCAUAUCGAUACGACCAAGCUGAAAUAAGUUUAAUUUGUUGCAGUGGAUUUUCAUUGUCCGAUGCACUUGGUAGUCUCAUUCUGAGGCCCACCUCAACCGGAUGACAAAGCUGUCAAUAAAUACGUACUUUUUCCCCACCGUC